AUGGGUGUUAUAAGGAAGAAGACCGCGGCGCGUGGCACGGAUGGCGGAACCAAAUACCACUGUGAUGUCUGCUCGAUUGACAUCACCUCCACGGUCCGGAUAUCAUGCGCCCACAGUGCUUGCCCCGAGUAUGAUAUGUGUGUCCCCUGCUUUGCGCGAGGAGCCGCAGUCAAAUCCCACGAUCCUCGCACCCACCCGUACUCUGUCGUCGAACAGAACUCGGUCCCCAUAUAUGACCCCGACUGGGGCGCCGACGAGGAGCUUCUUCUUCUAGAAGGAGCGGAGAUAUACGGACUUGGGUCAUGGGCUGAUAUUGCGGAUCAUAUUGGAGGGUACCGGACGAAGGAUGAAGUCAGGGACCAUUAUAUCAAAACCUACCUUGGAGGGUCGAAUUUCCCGCUCCCUGAUCUUGCCGACCCCCAUGACAAAACGUUACAGGUGCAGAUACCAAAGGAAGAGUUUCAAGCACGAAAGAAGCGACGAAUACAAGCGCGUAAGGAUGCCGCCAAAGCUGCACCGCCUGCAACGCCUAAACAAAAACCAACCGCCUCAGUCCCAGCUUGUCAUGAGGUUCAAGGAUACAUGCCAGGUCGACUCGAAUUUGAAACUGAGUUUGCCAACGAUGCUGAAGAGGCGGUACAGCAUAUGCAGUUCGAGCCUGGAAAUGGUCUCAACGCAAACGGCGAGAUGGAUCCAGAAAUGGAGUUGAAGAUGACUGUGAAGGAUAUCUAUAACUCUCGAUUAACCGCUAGAACAGAACGGAAGAAAAUCGUCUUCGAGCAUAAUUUGCUCGACUACCGUAAGAAUGCGGCACAGGAGAAGAAGCGAACGAAGGAGGAACGGGAACUCCUUAACAAAGCCAAGCCAUUCGCCCGGAUGAUGAACCAUGACGACUUCGAGGAAUUCACAAAGGGCUUAGAAUACGAACAUAAUCUUAGGCUUGCUAUUGCACAGCUCCAGGAGUGGAGGACGAUGGGGAUCGGUGACCUCAAGAGCGGUGAGAAGUAUGAGCAGGAGAAACUACAAAGGGCCCAGCGCUCUGUGCCGCAGGGUUCCUUUGACCGCUUUAGCACUACCAGGCCGAAGCCCCCAGCUGUCUCGGAGGGGCCGUCUGCGGCUUCUCAAUUGACACUACCAGAGCUUCCACUUCGGUUACAGCGACCUGGUUCCUCCAAGGCCAACGCUUCGGAGCCACCGCCUCUCAAUGAUUUUGACAAGGCUUUUGCGAGCAACAGUCUAGCAGGCACUCCUACCCCUCAACCAGUGAAAACUAAAUACACAAUACCACUUAUCACUGGGUUAGUCCCCUGGAAAGUUGAAAAUGAUAAUUCUCCGGACCUGCACCUUUUGACGAAAGACGAAGCUGAGCUCUGCAAUAUCUUACAUUUGAAUCCCAAGCCUUAUCUGGCUAUCAAGGAACAUUUGCUCAAAGAAGCGAUGAAACAGGGUGGUAACCUGAAGAAAAAGGACGUCAAAUCGAUGUGCAAGGUGAGAUCCCCUCCUUUGCUUCUUCAUAAAACUUAUUCAACCUUUGUUCCUUACCCUUUUGACGAUCAUGCUCGCUAA